UUUCAUCACCUCAACUGAAAAAAGAUUCCAGUUUAAUUGCAAAACCAUUUUGCCCUCUCUUACUAAGAUUUUUAGGGCUUUGUUCUGUUUCUACAGUCAAGCUUAGUUCAAGAAAAAUUCUUCAAAAUUUGAGCUUCAAUGGACGAUCCAACAAGACGAGUGGGGGUGCAUGAGUUGAACUUGGCUUCAAGAAAAGCAGAAGACGCAGCUCUAAGACGACAUCAAGCUGCCCAUUGGCUAGAUUGCCUAGUGGGACCUCUUGGAAUAUCUAACCGCCCCUCGGAGACAGAGUUCAUUUCUUGCUUGAGAAAUGGUUUAAUUCUUUGCAAUGUAAUUAACAAGAUUCAACCAGGUUCAGUUCCAAAGGUUGUGGAAAUUAACUCAUCUUCACAGUUGCUGCCCUGGGAUUCAAAGCCAUUGCCUGCCUAUCAAUAUUUUGAGAAUGUUCGUAACUUUUUAGUAGCUGUGGAAGAACUGAAACUACCUGUUUUUGAAGCUUCUAUUUUUGAAAGGGAAAAUUUGGAAGAGGGGUCAUCAAAGGUUGUUGAUUGCAUUUUGUCUCUUAAAGCAUUUCAUGAGUGGAAGCAAAUGACGGGAGGGAAUGGAACUUACAAACCGCAGAGAUCUCCUUUGAUUACACAUUCUGCUGGCAGGAUUCAUGCACGAACAUCAGACUCGGUCAUUUUUCAUAGUUCAAGGAAACUAGAUAUGUCAGCAGCAUUUGAUAAAUCACUACCAACAGAUAGUGAAAUCCAAAAAUUUGAAGAUGUAAUAGUUAAGGCUCUUGAUGAACAUAUGAUCGAUUCAAAGGAGAACACGGACAGUAAUCUAAUUGCUUCCUUUUGUAGUGGAAAUGUGGAUUCAGUCAAAUUAUUGACCAACAUCUUCUCCAGUUGCUUGGAGGAACAACUUCAAAGAAAAUUACCUGAGUUGAGAUCGGGUCUAUCGGAACAGAGAGAGAGAAAUCGCUCACCUGUGCAUUCUACAUCUGUGCCUCUUGACAAAUUGUCAAAUCACGAGAAUGGCAAGUGUUGUAGGGCUUGCAUGAAGACCGGUAAGUGCAAUCAUUGGAAUCUGGUUGGGCAGCAAGAAAGGGAACUUUUGAAUCUUAAGAUGCUGCUAUGCAGUACAAAGAAAGAGUUCGAAUGUCUGCAAUCUCACUUUCAAAGUGAUUUGAAACAAAUUGAAGAUCAGGUGCAGGAGAUGUCUACUGCAGCCCUUGGUUAUCAUAAGGUUGUAAAAGAGAACAGGAACUUGUACAACAUGGUUCAGGAUCUAAAGGGAAAUAUUCGAGUUUACUGCAGAAUUAGGCCCAUAUUCAAUGAUGAGACAAAAACUGUGAUCGAUCAUAUUGGAGAUGAUGGAUCUCUUGUGGUUGUAGACCCUCUGAAACCGCAAAAAGACAAAAGGAAGAUUUUUCAAUUCAAUCAUGUGUUUGGUCCAAAUGCCACUCAGUACGACGUAUUCAGAGAAACUCAACCCCUUGUUAGAUCUGUAAUGGAUGGUUACAAUGUCUGCAUUUUCGCUUAUGGUCAAACUGGAUCCGGCAAAACACAUACUAUGUGUGGUCCGGGUGGAUCGGCUAACGAGUUGGGGAUUAACUGUUUAGCUAUUAAUGAUCUUUUUCAACUAUCUAAUGAAAGAAAGGACAUCAUAGAAUAUAGAAUUCAAGUCCAAAUGGUUGAGAUAUAUAACGAACAAGUUCGUGAUCUUCUUGCAGAAGACCUGUCAGCUGUAAAAUUAGAGAUCCGGAGUUGUGCAAGUGAUGAUGGCUUGGUUCUUCCUACUAGGAGUCCAACAAGUUCUGCUUUCAAAAGCCAUGUGGUAAAAGUCGUCGAUACUGCAAUAAAGGCUCCAUCUUUUCAAAAUCCCAAGACACCCAUGUCACAUGUAAAAUCAAAGAUUGGGGUCCAGAUAUUGCAACAAAAUGACAAUUCCAUCUAUUCUGAAUUUCAGAUGUCUUGCUCCUCGACUAAUACUUCUUAUGGAAAGGGCUCUCAGAUAAGGAAAUCACUACGAUCUAUUGGGAAACUAAUUCACGGGUCAGAGAAGAGGAACCAACAGAAACCGACAGAAUCACCAACGCCUUUCAAUGGAAAGAGCGCCAUGCAUGAUGCUAAGUCACCCAUUCAUUCGAAUGCAAAGGCCCUCAGGAGACAGUCACUAACCGGGGUUCAACCAUCCAAGCGAGCUUCACUUGGAGGGGUUUCAUCCGAAUCUUAUGGAAACGAAAAUAGGAACGUAAAAACACCACCUCCAGUUUGUUCUUCAACAAAGCUAACAAAACGGUGGCUUUAGACCAUUUUAGGCAACUCGAACAAGCUAACUUUUAGUUAUAGGACUCAAUUUUGGGAAGUUUAAGAAAAUGUUCACUAGAACUAUUGUGUAGUCUUUCUUGUACAUACAUCCGAGGGGGAAUAUGGAUUCCUCGACAAAAUCUGGUUUUAUCACCAGGUCGAUAAAUGAUCUGCUCUAUCCCAGUUUUUUAUGUUAAUUCAUACUGAACAUAUUGAUCAAUGCCUUGUAAUUCUCAUUGUUGUAUUAUCAUUUUUGACAUGCUUUUGUCAAAUCUGCUCCAUAAAAUGUGCAAGUUCCUGAGA